AUGCGUCUCCCAAAGCGGAGCGUCUUCCACCGUCCUCAUGAGGAGAUCAGCCAUCUCUACACUCUUUUCUACCCAAACUCACUGCAUGCUGCUCAGGCGGACGCAGCUAGGCGUCGCGGCGUGGACCUGGUGCAUCGCGUCUACCUCUCUCGCUCCUCCUCUCCCUGCCCCGUAGCCAUCGAAUGCACCGCGGCACUGGUCGAUGCUCUCCUCCUUGAUGCGGCGCUCAGCCCUAGUAUAGGCGGCGCAAGUGGCUCAGCAGUACGGUCAGCACUGUCCCUCUCCCUCAUUCGACUGGUCAACUCCCUCGCCGACUCUCUCCAGCAAGGCGUGUACGCAAAGAGCAUCGCAGCGAUUGCUGAGCGUCAGCUCGGUCUGCCGCAGUCAUUCGUUGAAUUCAGGCAUAGGGCUACACAUGAGGAUCUGCCUAGCUUGACGGUGUGUAGGGAGGCUGCCAUUGCCGCCGUUUCUUGGCUUCAAAUCAACUAUUGGAUCCCAACGCUUCAAGCGCUCGAUUUGCAAUCGCAAGGUCACGCAGGAUGUGAUCUCCAGCAGCGCGCUCGACACGACAGCGAGCGGCCGCCCAUCGCCUCUACAUCGAGCGUCGUCGACUUAGCCUCUCAGCGCGCUUCCGCCUCUGCCUCCCUGGAAGCCAUCCUCAACUCGUAUCGCCGCCUGGCGAAAGCAAUUGCGCGCGAUCAGUCGCUGCGUAAGAGGAAUCGUGCCAGUCUGCAGGACAUUUUCAGGGAGCUAGAUGCGUGGAGGCAGAGGACCGAUGCCCUCCUGCCCCGACUUGAGGAUCCUGACGAGGACGACAGCGGCGAAGAGGACGAAGGCGACGACGAAGAUGAAGAACAGGCAGGUAGGCGUUGGUCUUCCGAUGCAGCAGGCAACGAGCAGAUCAACGGUGCACAGCUCAGCGCAGCAGACGGGCUCCUCCUCACCUCUCUCCUGAAGCCAGGCGUAGGCAUAGUCCCCUUGGCCAAGAGCAAGCGGCCUAAACGCAACCUCGCCCUCUCAGAGGACAUAAAGCAGACGUGGGAGUACCUGUUCGAAGCGCAACCAAAACUGCGAGGCCAACUCGUAGAGCAUAUCGUCAAGGCCCUCACUGACGGAGCAGAUGCAGCUGAGGAGGACGAAGAGGAGCCGCCGCUCUUGUCAAGGGACGCAUCCUACGCUCGUACACUACAAGCCUGGCUUCUCCACCUCAUCGACGCCGAUGGCGAGGAAGACGUGGUUCGCCGACUCAUGGCAUCUCUCCUCGCUGGUCGGUCCAAUGCACCAGCAAAGAAAUCCGCCUCAUCCACCCUCCCAGCCAUACUCGCCCUCCUCUCCCGCCGUAAAGAGCGAGGAGAGAAUACGGCCCAGCUGGAGAAUCUCGUUGCUCUUGUACAGCGAAGGGAGCAGGAUGAGACUGCUGCGGUGCAGGCGGAGGAGGAGCCGUUGCUCAAGGGGUUUGAGGACAUGGGUGGGAGCGCUGCAGCGCAAGCCGUAGGUGCGCUACAGGUUGACGAUGAGGUGGGCAAAGAGUCGCAGGAUCUUGACACGCUCUUGACCUUGAUGGAGCAGCGGCGGCUUGCUGCCUUUGCACCGCCUCAGCCACCGCCUCCGCGGCAGGAAGGUGGACCAGAGGUGGAUAUGCAAGUAGAUGACAGUGAUUCAGAGGACGACGAUGGAGCUGAGGGCAUUGCACACGCUUCACCACCUGCCCUGCCCCCUGGCUGGUCACUGCCCAGCAAAGACGAGUGGCAGCCUACGCCCAUCGGCUGUUUAGCUGGCCAGGUACCGGACUUCUUUCGCCUCACCACUCAAGCCAACAGAUUGCAGGCUUGA